AUGGCCGCAUCUUCUAGAAAGUCGAAGGGCGGGGUAAUACCGGUCUCGUUGGGCUUCCGGCGUUCCGGUCCUUUCUGUACGUCGGUGACGUCAGAUCCGUCGCCUUUCACGUCAGCGUCGUCUUCGUCGUUCGCUUCCUCGUCAACCUACUACUCGUCCUCCCCCUCCGGUGGUUUCUUCACCCACCGCCGUUCGGUGUCACCAAAGAAGGUAGAAGUCCACACGCUGUCCCCGCCGCCGCCAACGCCGUCCGUCCGGUUCCCCAUCGACAGAUCCAUCUCGCCGCGGCGCUCAAUCGCGGCGUCGCCGCCGCCGCGCAACCAGGUUGUCCAGAGAAGCGGCGGCGUUCAGAGGAGGACGUGCCUGUGCUCUCCGACGACGCAUCCGGGGUCGUUCCGCUGCGCUCUGCACAAGAACAGCUUCGGAGGCGUAGGCGGCGGCCGGAACGGCUCGGCUCCCUACUCUCCGCACCGGCUCAACAUGAGGAGGUCGGCGAUGACGAAUUCUCUGGUGCGGAUCGGAACCGUCGAGGGAGAUCUGGUGAAGCGGGCUCUGGCAGCCCUUAUCCGCCCGUCCUCGCACCAGCAGCGCCGUCGGGCGGACUUCCGGCCCCGUCAAAGCCGUCUCUCGAUGAAUUAUCCAUCCAUUGCGUGUUGGCAUUUCCCGUUCGCCGUCGCUAUUUUCACGUUCGGCAUCAUUGUUCGCCAUCUCCGUCCGUUGCUUUUCAAGACUUGCAAAUUGCAAGUCACUAUUGCACAGUUGAAACUUGAAAGUGGACUUUGGACUUGA